UAGCGGUCAUGUGAGCGUCGCCAUGGUGUCAAAUGACGCUACCUCGGUUACAUGCUAGCAUGCUCCGCUUCGCUAUGCUUCUGCCAGAAAACAGAAAUGAGCAGCAAUGACAUUUGUCUGCUUAUUGGAGCGACUGGCGUCGGAAAAACGUUGUUGCUGAAACGUCUACAAAAGCUCAGUUUGCAUGGAUUAGGGGAACUGGGGGAACCUCCUUCUACUCUGCCUACAGUAGGAACCAACCUGACCGACCUGAAGCUGAAGAAGAAGAAGGUGACGUUAAGAGAGCUGGGAGGCUGUAUGGGCCCUAUAUGGCCGAGUUAUUUCAAAGACUGCUCCUCUGUCAUUUUCAUGGUGGACUCGGCCAACAUUGCUCAGAUCUCCUCCUCCUGUAUCCAGCUGUUGUCCGUACUCUCCGCUGAUCCUCUGCACAGUGCCUCUGUGCUUAUUCUGUUCAACAAGAGGGACAUGCCUUGCACUAUGAGUCUCAUAGAGAUACAGUCGCUGUUCAGAAUGGAUGACAUCAUUGCAUCUGCUACUCAGCCAAUCACAACACUGGAACUCAGUGCCCGCUCUGGAGAGGGACUUCAGGAGGUGCUGAGCUGGCUGGAGUCCAUCAUAGUCAAGUGAACUGUCAUACGUUUGGUCCUCAUGAAGUGAUGCUACUCUCACAGGACUUUGAAUGAUGACCAAGCUUGUUGGCAAGAUAUGUCUGUAUUCUCAGUGUGCAAAGACAUUUAACACACAAUUAUUAAGAGAAUGUAAUGAUGUGUUUAGAGUUGGACCCAGUAAAACAAACUGUUACGGUGUCUUUGGUUCCAUAUAAACAUGGCGACUGUUCAUAAUGGGGAAAGAGAUCUAUUAGUGAUAUCACGGCAGGUUGUAAUGAUUAUUGACUCAUUUAACAUUUCUUUAAAUCAACACUACUGUAGGUCUUACUUUCAGGUAAUAAUUAUUUAUACUGGUCACUUUUACUAAUUCAAUUCCACACAGAUAAACGGUGAACUGCUGGGAUUCCCGACAGACUGUAGUGUGAUCCUCGUCCUAAUCUAAGUAAGGACUUGUUUUAUUACUGGUUAAGUGUGAGAAACACAUGUCAGAAGAAGUGAUGUAACAUAGUGGCAAUGACACACGACCAGCAGGGGGCAUAAAGUUGAAAUAAAACAUGUAACUGGUACUGUG